AUGAAGAUCGCCAGCAAUUUAACCGAGUGGGCUCGGUACUCGAGAUACUCUCACCUGCUUGGUAUCGCUCAGCUCAUGUGGUUCGUGCUGCUGAUCGCCCACUACAUGGCGUGCUUCUGGCACGUGGUGUCUCGUGAUCACAAACUGAACUACUCAACCGUAGGCGAACAGUACAUCGCCGACUACUACUACGCCAUCAGUUUAAUCCAAGGUCAAGGUAAUUCGGGCGGCACCUGGGCUGAGAAUCUCUACUCAAGCGUGGUCAUCAUCACCGGUUCCGUCAUCCUCGCCAUUGUCUUUGGCAACGUGGCGAUGCUGGUGUCGAACUUCAACGCUAAUACGACCAACUACCACCGCAAGAUGGAGGCGGUGUACGAAACCAUGGCCAAGAUGGAUCUCCCCUUAAGGCUACGUGAUCGAGUGAACGAGUACUACAAGCACGUGUGGCUGGAGUACGAGGCUCUGGAUGGCAACGUGAGUAAGUUCCAGCAGGAACUCACGCAUACUCUGGGGAUCGAGGUGGGGCUCUACAAGCACAUGGACCUCUUGGUCAAGGCCCCCUUCUGGAAGGACUGCACGCCCGACUUUCUGACGCAGAUCGUGCUGAACCUGGAUGUACGCGUGUACAUGCCCGACGACUACGUGGUUCGUCGUCGCGAGAUCGGCAACGAAAUGAUGAUGAUCAACCGUGGAUACUGCAAACUAUCCAAACCCUCGGAUGAUGAGGAGCAGGGGUUCUUCGGUACUGGCACAUUUGGAGCAUCUGGGGAUUCGAGGAGGUUUUCCGGUAGCGCCUUUGGAAUACCGGAUGAUCAAAUGAGCGACUUCACAGACGUGCGUCGCUUUCAAAACGCCCACACCCGGUGUCCUAGUUCCCCGAAUGGCACGGAAGCGAAGAAGUCCAAGAAGUACCGCGAGUACUUGCACCCUGGCCACGCCUUUGGGGAAAUGAGUCUGCUGAUGAACUACAAGCGCACGGCGAACAUCCGAGCCAUCACAUUCGUUGAAAUGUGCGUCUUGGGGCGCGAACAGUUCCAGAAGAUCAUCUCGCGGUACCCGGAAGACCGGCGUCGUGUUUUGACGGCGAUGCUGGAGAGCUGCAUCGAG